UCACUUUUUUUUUUUGAGAGUGUAGUGUUUUUUGUUUUUUUGAAGUUUUUUGUUUUGUUUUUAUAAUGUAUCCCACGCCGGCUAGGCAUCCGUCCGCUUCGGUCGAGCAACGGAACGGAAACCACAGAUCGGGACCACCGCCGCAAGGUGGCCAGAUCAAAUUUACAAUAGCGGAUACAUUAGAACGAAUUAAAGAAGAAUUUAAUUUUUUACAAGCACAAUAUCACACACUGAAAUUGGAAUGUGAAAAAUUGGCAUCGGAAAAGACUGAAAUGCAACGCCAUUAUGUUAUGUAUUAUGAAAUGUCAUAUGGGCUUAAUGUGGAAAUGCACAAACAGACUGAAAUUGCAAAACGACUGAAUGCAAUUAUUGCACAAUUAUUACCAUUUUUGGCGCAAGAGCAUCAACAACAAGUAGCGACUGCUGUUGAUCGAGCCAAACAAGUUACAAUGACAGAAUUAAAUGCCAUUAUUGGGCAACAACAGCAGCAGGGUCUUCAACAAUUGCUUCAACAAAUCCAUGCACAACAGUUACCACAUGGUGCACAUGGGCCUGGUUUACCAAUUGGUCCACAUCCCGGUUUACCAGGUAUGGGUCCAGCCGGUGCUGGUUUAUUAGCAUUUGGUGCUGGUCUUGGUGCAGCGGGUGUUCCAGGUGCUCCAGGUGCUCCACAUGCAGCUGUAGCAGCGGCAGCAGCAGCCGCUGCCGCACAAGCACAUCCCUUACUUAAACCCGAUUUACAUGGACGAGAGUCAAAUGAUAUUAAAAGUUCGGGGUCAAUAGGAGCCGAUGAUCGAUUAAGAAAUUCGGUAUCACCUGGUGAACGUGACAAAUAUCGAUCACGAUCACCACCUGAUGUUGAACAAGAUGUGAAGCGACGAAAAGAAGACAAACUAGGACACGACAGCGAUGGUGAGAAAAGUGAUCAAGAUUUAGUUGUGGAUGUUGCAAAUGAGAAUGUUUCAUCUCAAGAACCCACUUCACCGCAUGUAAAUGGCGACCAUGUAGCAUUAAAUGCUGGCACACCUGGUGAAGUUAGAGAAAAUGGAAGUGUGUCAGAGAAAGGAAUCAAAAUUGAACGACCACCUAGUCGAAGUGGAUCAUCGUCAUCAAGGAGUACACCAUCCCUGAAAAGUAAAGAUGCGGACAAACCUUCAACACCAAGUUCAAAAACACGAGCUACUACUCCCAAUAUACCGGGAGCGCCUGGGGCAAGUGGUCCUAAAGUUGGUCCAUCGCUAGGCCCUUAUCCACCUUAUGCUUUGCCACCUGGAAGAGCUGGUCCACCAGAUCAUCUAAGUCCAUACAACAAUGUAGCAGCAGCCGCUUAUGGAAGACCUCCUGUAUUAGGAUACGAUGGACAUCCUCAUGUACGCACACCUGGAUUACCUACAAAUGGUUUAGGUGGCAUUUCAGGAGGAAAACCAGCUUAUUCCUUUCAUAUGAAUGGUGAAGGUCAAUUACAACCAGUUCCUUUCCCCACUGACGCCUUAAUGGGUCCAGGAAUACCACGACAUGCUCGACAAAUAAACACACUAAAUCAUGGAGAAGUUGUUUGUGCUGUAACAAUAUCAAACCCAACCAAAUAUGUGUACACAGGAGGAAAAGGUUGCGUCAAAGUAUGGGAUAUUAGUCAACCAGGCUCCAAAAGUCCUGUCUCACAAUUAGACUGCCUCCAACGAGAUAAUUAUAUACGAUCCGUGAAACUUUUACCAGAUGGACGUACUUUAAUUGUUGGUGGAGAAGCUAGCAAUCUAUCAAUAUGGGAUUUAGCCAGCCCCACGCCAAGAAUUAAGGCUGAAUUAACAUCAAGUGCCCCUGCAUGCUAUGCAUUAGCAAUCAGUCCCGAUUCGAAAGUAUGUUUUAGCUGUUGUUCCGAUGGUAACAUUGCUGUUUGGGAUUUACAUAACCAGACUUUGGUUCGUCAAUUCCAAGGACAUACAGAUGGCGCUUCGUGUAUUGAUAUAUCAGCAGAUGGUACUAAAUUAUGGACGGGAGGUUUAGAUAACACAGUGCGAAGUUGGGAUUUACGAGAGGGUCGUCAAUUACAACAGCAUGAUUUCACGUCACAAAUCUUUUCACUUGGAUAUUGUCCAACGGGUGAAUGGUUAGCCGUUGGUAUGGAAAAUUCAAAUGUCGAAGUAUUACAUGCUGCUAAACCGGACAAAUAUCAAUUACAUUUACAUGAGAGUUGUGUACUGAGUUUGCGAUUUGCGGCGUGCGGUAAAUGGUUUGUUUCGACGGGCAAAGAUAAUUUACUUAAUGCAUGGAGAACACCGUACGGUGCUAGUAUUUUCCAAUCUAAGGAGUCAUCAUCAGUGUUGAGUUGUGACAUUUCCACAGACGAUAAAUACAUUGUAACGGGUUCUGGUGAUAAAAAGGCAACAGUUUAUGAAGUUAUUUACUAAAAUUAGAACAAAUCAAAAAGUAUUGAAAUUGAAAUAUAAAAAUAUAUAAAUAUAAAAAUAGUGAAAUAUAACAAA